AUGUAUAAACCAGACAGAGAGAUCACGUCGUUCACAACCCCCAGAGGCUUAUAUUGUUAUAAAGUCAUGCUGUUCGAACUAAAGAACGCCGGGGCGACUUUUCAACGGAUGGUGACAAAAAUGUUCGCCCCAAUGUUGGGCCGCACCAUGGAGGCCUACAUCGACGAUAUAGUGGUGAAAAGUAAGGAGAAAGCUCAGCACCUCUCCGACCUAACAGAGAUGUUUGCUAUCCUUAAACGCCACAAGCUUCGUUUGAAUGCUUCCAAAUGCGCCUUCGGAGUCGGCACCGGGAAGUUUUUGGGUUUUCUGGUCACAAAUCGAGGAAUUGAAGCUGACCCAUCACAGAUCAAGGCUAUACAAGACCUGGAGCGUCCUAACUCCACGAAGGACUUCCGACCGCGCACCGCAAUCAAGGCUCAAGCACUUGCUGACUUUGUGGCGGAAUUUGCCCUUGGGAUGCAUCCAGUCUGCCCAAUUGAUUUGGUUGGCGCGGAUUUAGCACAACCCAUGGUUCUGGCAACAAAAGCAAGUGUUGGUGCGCAAGAGGAGGAAGGGCAAAGAGCGACCGAAUCAGCAAAGACGAACGACUCGAUGAAGGAAGAAGUCAACCAUGACGAGGAAAGAGGCAAGAAUGAGCCGACCAGAGACUUGGAAUUGAGAAGCUCCCAGAACCCUUCUGAUUGCUGGAAGCUGUUUAUUGGCGAGAUGUGGAAACUCUUCGUUGAUGGGGCAUCCAACAGACAUGGGGCCGGGCUGGGCAUCAUGCUGAACUCACCGGACAGGCUGAUCAUCGAGCAGGCAAUUACACUCGGCUUCCCAGCAUCCGACAACGAGGCUGAGUAUGAAGCUCUCCUUGCCGGACUAAGAAGCGCGCUGAGAAUGAAAGCCACAACCCUUAUGGUAUUCAGUGAUUCCAAGUUGGUGGUCAAUCAGGUCUCAGGGGAGUAUGAGGCAAAGGACGAAAGAAUGGCCAAGUAUCAGGCACUGGUAUGCGUAGAGAUCAAGAAGUUCGCUGCAAUAAGGAUGAAACAAAUCGACCGCGAGGAAAACAACGCGGCUGAUGAAUUGGCCGGACUUGCUUCUGUCCAGACAGCUUUUCCCAACCCCUUGAUGAUAGAAUUUUUACCCCGUCCAAGCAUUGAGGAACCAGAAUCAGCCGAGGCCGAGCAGAUUUUGCUCGGCAUUUUAAAAGGUGCAUUUGAAAUUUCAAGGAGUCGAGCUGCUAGUUGA